AUGAUAGAUGUCUGUGAAGGUACAAUAGAGCUAAACCUUGGGAAGGACCUAAAGAUGAAGUUUGAGAUCAAAGAUACAAUGAGGAAACCAACAAUUGAAGGUCAACUCUUUUACACUGAAGAAAUGGAUCCGUUGGCAGAUGAGCUUUUGGAGGAGUUAUCUUUGGAAGAUCACUUGCAAGUUGCUUUAACCAAAGAUCAAUCUGAAGGGUAUUUAAAUUCCGAAACUGAGGAGUAUUUGAGGCUUCUUGACACUUUCAGACCGGUUCCGAAUAUAUUUUGCAUUGAGGAGUUAGACGAGCCACUUUGUGAAGUUCUGGAAGUGAGCUCGACUGACAACUCGAUCGAGUCCGGACGUGAACAAGAAAGCGCAAUCGAGCUAGACAUCAGAUGCAAGGAACAAGCUCAAGGAGAUUGGUCUGAACUCAAGGCACCUAAGGUCGACCUCAAACCUUUGCUCAAGGGCCUCAGGUAUGCGUUUCUGGGUGAAAAUUCGACUUACCCUAUCAUUGUUAAAUCUGAGCUACAACCUGAACAAUUAGAUGCAUUGCUUGUUGAGUUGAGAAAGUACAGGAAGGCCAUUGGUUACACUCUUGAUGACAUCAAGGGCAUCUCUCCUGAUUUAUGCAUUCACAAGAUUCAUUUAGAAGAUGAAACUAAGUCUAGCAUUGAACCUCAAAGGAGAUUGAACCCAAAUCUGAAGGAAGUGGUGAAGAAAGAGAUACUCAAGUUGCUUGAUGCUGGGAUAAUUUAUCCCAUCAGUGAUAGCACUUGGAUAUCUCCAGUUCAGUGCGUCCCAAAGAAGGGAGGAAUCACUGUCAUAAAGAAUGACAAAGAGGAGCUGAUCCCCACUAGAACAAUAGUGGGGCAUCGCAUGUGUAUAGACUAUAGGAAGUUAAAUUAUGCUUCUAGGAAGGAUCAUUUCCCUCUUCUUUUCAUUGAUCAGAUGCUUGAAAGAUUAGCAAUACAUCCUUUUUACAGUUUUCUUGAUGGUUACAGUGGUUUCUUCCAAAUCCCUAUUCAUCCAAAUGAUCAGGAAAAGACAACUUUCACAUGCUCUUAUGGCACCUUUGCUUAUCGAAGGAUGCCAUUUGGGCUGUGCAAUGCCCCAGCUACUUUCCAGAGAUGCAUGACCUCCAUUUUUCAGUUCUGA